ACACACGUUUUCUCUUACAGAUUUGUUUGUGACGAUGAGCACAACGCCCGCUCCCAUUGUCCUCGUCUUAGUGUCUGCCCUUCUGCUUACCUGCAACGUCUUCUGGUUGUAUUCCUCAACCACACAAACAGGGGUGAGUUGUCCUCCUCCAUCACCACCACCACCACCACACACAACAACCACAGAGGUCUAUGCGUUACCUCACCAUCGGCAUAUCGUCAGUGUGGAGGAAAGACGACUACCUCACGAGGACCAUCGACUCUAUCCUCAAGGAGACGACCGAACAGGAGCGGGCUGACGUGCUGAUCUUCCUCCUCCUGGCUGACGCUGACUCCAAUCUUAGGACCCAGCGAGCCCUGGACCUGGGUGUGAGGUACAACAGGGAGAUACAGUCUGGCCUCCUGCGAGUACUGCAGCCCCCCGCCGUCCUCUACCCCAGCAUAGACUUCACCGCCAUCAGGAGAACCUACAAUGACUCCGUCGCCAGGGUGCAGUGGAGGACCAAACAGGUGUUGGAUUUCGCAUUCCUGUUCUGGUAUGUAUGGACGCAUCACCCCUCAACCUACUACUUGGUGCUCGAGGACGAUGUACUCAGCGCCAAACACUUCGUCACGGCUAUCAAGGAUUUCGUCACGCUACACAAAGGUCACCACUGGAUCUCUUUACAGCUGGCCGGGUUCUUGGGUAUCGGUCAGUUAGUUCGGUGUAGUGACCUCGACCGUCUGGUGUCGUUCUUGUUGCUGUUUUACCGCGAGCAUCCCGUCGACGUUCUAAUCAACCAGUGGAUCAACCUCAUGGCCCCGGAGAAGCCCCCCAAAGACCGCCCCACCAGGAGGGUCCCCGGCCUCUUCCAGCACAUUGGCGUCCACUCCACCCUGGCCAACAAGACCCAGUCACUCAAGGACAACACCUUCAGCCUGGUGAAGCGUCGGUUCUCCCACGUCAACCCAACAGCCGACGUGGUGACGACGAUCCGCCAGUACAAGGCCUACCUGGCGGAGCACGCGUACUCCUCCGCCCCGGGCAUGUUCUGGGGUAUACCUAAGCCAGGCGACACCUUCGACAUCCUGUUCUCCGAGCCCCUCAAGAUCUCCAGGGUGGUGGUGCUCACUGGGGCCGCCAUUAACAAGAAGAUUCGUGACCGCCUUCUGUACGGCAGCUUGGAGGUGUCCUCAACCUUCGUCAAGAUGGAGACCCCCAAACGGGCCUUGUGUAAGAGUUUCUCAUCUGUCGGGGAAUUCAAGAAUGGUGAGUUAGACGUCAGGAGCCUGAGGGAGACGCACCACAAAGGUAUUCAGUGCCUCAGAAUAGCCAUCGGCAUGAAGCAGAAAUCCUGGGUAGCCAUCACAGAGGUGGCAGUGUUUACUGAGGACGACCUGGAGGGAGGAGACGCCCACCACACCUCCUUGACCGCGACCACACUCCAGUUCACACAGGACAACACCGUUUAAUAAUGGUGAAGUCUUGACGCUAAGGAAGCAUCAGUAGGUGGCAGUGACCUGCUCGGGGACGUGAGAAUGUUUCUACUAGACACACUGAUGGCUGCUGUACCACCUCCCGGGUCCACUGACUAAGACUGUGACCAACACAAACUUGUCUGGUUAUUGACUGCAAGUUUCUAGAAGCAGUGAACCAAAAGAACAAAAAAACAGUAUAAUAGUUGUUCAGUAUGAAGCCCUGACAGGACUCUGGCUGGGAGGGAGAGCACGAGUCACCUCUCUCAAGGUUCACGAUAAAAGACUAAGUCUGAUGAGUUAUUAUACAACAGCGAGAACAACGUUGGAGUAAAGGUUUAGCGAACAGUUGUUUUCUUCCGUGAGAGCUGGUGGUGGUGAUAGUGGUGGUGAUAGUGGUGGUGAUAGUGGUGGUGGUUGCGGUUGUAGAAAGUAUAUUAUAUUUUAUCCGUUAUGAAUGGCCGUUAUCGAUAUUUUUAUAUUAAAAGUUUUAAUGGUUUGUGUCGACUCGGAGAAGGUUGAGGACUUGUUGCAACAAUAGUAAAACCAUUUAUGGUGCUGAAGACGUCCAAUAUAAAUGUAACAUCCAUAAAUUUUCGCUCAAUGUAUACAUGAGUAUGAUAAGGUUCUUUAACACUCAACAUGGUAGACGUUGUGGUUAUGUUAUAGAGACAUUUUCGUAAGUAUUUGUAAUCUGAUGUAAGUAGAUCAAUGUUUUAUUUAGUCAACUUUUUAGUGGUAAUAGUUAUGUAAUUAUAUCAAUAGUGAAGAUGGCUGGGGUGACGAGGACGAGUUAUAGGAGAUCCUCACAGCUUUACUCUGCUGGGACUCUUAAGAACAGGUGAUAUAGUCUACUUGGGUGACAAGAGGUGAAAGAAGACUAAUGUUGAGGUGAUCCAUCCUGCUAACAGAGAUAAAACCCAUCUCUUGUUCUCUCCACGCCACAACUAUAACUUGAGGCUGUGGCGUCAUUUUCACCUGCCCAAGAGACUUUAAAAGUAAUUACUGUAACAACAACCUAUGGUCAGAGAUGACUGCUGGUGUUGGUAGUCUCAUAACCCAAAGAUAUUUAUUCUUGUAAGAUGUGCAGAUGAUCCUGGGGCAGUUAAGAACACCAGAGUUAAUAUAGUUAUGUUAAAAGGACAAUGAAAGGUUAUAAGUAGUUAGUGUGUGACCAACUCGGCGCUGGUCAUUAUCGCCGCCAUGGGACUGUUGUGACCAACACACAACUAACAGUGUACCUUGUCUUCACACCUCUUACUGUACUGCAGUGCAGGGAGGCCUGCUGGUGUACACACGUUACCACGAUACUAUUGUGCGCAAAGUACUGUACUAUUAUGUACCACUGUACUGCUGUACAGAGGGUACCACUGUGCUUUAAAUAUUAUGGUAUUUACUAUUAUCAUGCUUUUGGUACUUGUGAUGUACUUAUAUGGUACUCUUGUACUUCACUGUAUCGAGAAAUUUUGUACUUAUUUAAGCUACGCUCUUUCUAUACCAUCGUGGUACUGUAACUAGCGCUCCCUGCAGCAGCUGGCGACCACCACCUGGUGUGGUAGACAACUAAGAUAGUCUUCAAUCCUUGUGUCAAAAAGACCAGAGAAAGAGUUCCACGGCUGUUGGUGAGCGCCAGGGUGGCUAGUAAGCUGAGACACAGUAACUCAAUGUGUUGGUGAAUGAACCUCUACAAGACAGCAGAUGACCCACGAAGGAGGAUUCUCAUUUGGUGUUCCAACUCUUACUGAGAACGUCACAUUAGUCCUACAUGCCAAAGAUGUAUAUAAUAUUGCACGUCAGUCAUUAGGCAUAAAUAUGUCUUCAUAAAUUCUCAUAAAUCAUGCAUUUGUAGUCAAUGUUCCUUCCUGGCCAGUCCAAAGACAGGUUGUGAAGCCUUGACUCAAUACAAUACACUACUUCCAGUUGUAACUACUACUAGUAAUAGUACUACAGUCUUGCAUCGUUUGUUAAGUCUGAAAUAUCUAAUAGAAAACAUUAAUGAACUAAAGAGUAUUGUUAAUUCUUAAUACCAAUCCUGUAUAUUGAACAACAAUUUGAGAUUUAAAAAAAAAGAGUUAAAUUCUCCAUCGUUUUGGACUGGAUAAGAGGAACCUGACUACGUUAGUAUUGUACUUAACUCUGUAAUCACGUAGCCAACAUAAGAGUACUCAACAUCAUGAAGGAUUUUAUUAUUAACUUAGUGAUAAUUUUAGAAGGUAUUGGUCGCCUCAGAUUGAGUACUGUCGUGUUAGGGAUCUUAGUGACUUAUAGAUAGAUCUUUAUAACAACGUCUGUCACCCUUAGUUUUAACCUCUAGUAAUUUUAUCUAGUUUAUAUACACACAUAUACAGUAUAUAUACACUGUAAAUGUAUAUAUAUACAUAUAUAAACUGGUAUUCCAAUAAUAUAAUGUUUUCAUAACACUUAGGGAGAAUAUUACUAAUAUAAAGAAGUAAAUCUUUCUUGUUAUAAAAGGUCUUCUGUGGUCAUUCUCUCUCUCUCUCUCUCUCUCU